GAAUCCUUCACUGGGCGCUCAAAGAGCUGUGAUGUUGGCAAUACAGAAGAUUCCCCAUAUUCUUUAUCUCCCAUCUACCAUGAUACCUUUGAAAGCGAGAACAAAGACUGUGAAUCUGAAACAAAGUGCUCUAGUGAUCUGAACAUGAAUAAAGGAAAGAGCACCUCAGUAAUUGAACAGUCUCUAGCAAAUAUGCACCUCUCUCCUUGGGAGACGUGGUUGCUAAACAAAGAAAAACAAUGUCGUAUUGAGCUGCAGAAAAAAGUGUCUGAGGAGAUGAAGCAAGAAGAGGAAAAGAGAAAAGCUCAUGAGAAAAAAGAACUGCAAAAACGACUGGCAGAAGAACAGCACAAGGAAUGGGUGCUGAGAAAACAAGAGCAGGUAAAA